AUGAACGCUGUCACCAAGACCAUUUCUGCUCUGGCAUUUGCCUCCGUAGCCACUGCUCAGAACGUUCUGUAUGAUCAUGACGUCCCUUUCAUCGGUGGUAACGUCUUCAAGAGCAACGAACCAGCUGUGGCCAAUUAUACCCUCUCCUACAAGCCUCCCUUUGACCCUAAGACGUAUGGCGGCUACUACUACUGGUCGGUGAACAAUAACACGGUCAUCGGAACCAACUUCACCGGCUAUGACACCAAGGAUGGUUAUUUCAUCCCGGAUGGAUUGACUGGCAAGUACCCUUACUUCCAGGUCAGCGAGGGCCACCCCAAGCAGAUCAAUAAGUCCAAGCUCUUCGAGGCCUGUGGCGGAUCCAAGUUCAAGAAGAUCCUUCACAUCGUCUUCGAAAAUGAGGUCUACGACUGGACCAUGGGUCAGCCCUACUGGAAGAUGCUUGCUACACGGGGCAAGCUCUUGACCCGUAGCUACGCAAUCACCCAUCCAUCUCUGCCCAACUACGCUGCUAUCGUGGCUGGUGAUUACUUCGGCAUGGCUCAUGAGGACUUCUACAACGUCAACGUGUCCAGUAUCUACGACCUUCUUGAUGCCAGCAAUAUCUCCUACGGCACAUACGUCGAGUGGUAUAACUCCAUCGCUACCCAUCGCGGCCCCAAUGAUUGCAACAACUACAUCACCAACGGACCCAUGGACAGCACCAACCCUGAGUGGGCAUCUCAAAGCUACCGUCGUCUCGACGUCCCGGCCUUACUCUUCAGUACAUACACCGGCAACUACGAGCGCUGCAGCAAGAUCUACGGCGCCAACAACACAUUCGCCGAUCACGUCAUGUCGCACACUCUGCCCGAGUACUCAUACUACGUCCCUGACAUGCUUCACAACGCCCAUGACCCCGAGUCCAACAGCGACUACUUCAACCAGCCCAAUACCGGCGGUCAGUGGUUGAGCGCAUUCCUGGACCUGUAUCUUCCUGAGUUGGAAGCCCAAGGCACCCUGGUUGUCGUCACCUUCGACGAGGCUACCUGGGAGAACGACGCUGGUUCGUCUCCCAACAAUGAGAACCACAUCGCCACGAUCUUAUUCGGUUCUGGCAUCAUCCCCAACACCACUGAUGACACUUAUAUCACUCUCUAUGGUAUCCUGCGCGGUGCCAUUCAGAACUUUGGCCUCGGCUCUCUGGGUCGCAAUGACACCAAUGCCACCAACGGUAACCUCUUCGACCUGGUCGGCUUCUCCCGCGCAAAUAUGGGUGGUAAAGACCAUGACGAUCACCCUGGCAACUCGGACAAGCACGAGGGACAUUGA